GCGCAGCAGCUUCGAGGCGGCGCACUGGACCGCUGGGGAGAGCUGAGGAUAGGGGACUGAAUUCUUCACACUUUCUCCUCUUCUGUCCACUUUCUCUCAUUUCUUUUGUUGGUAUAAUCACCCGUUUUCUAUUUUAAUCUAUAAAUCCUUGUCGAUCCGCACAAUGUCCGGCGGCCCGCUGACCGGGUUGCUGGUCGCGCUGUGCGUCAGCAGCGCAGUCCAUGGCGCACCGCAGAAGAGCAGGAGACAGACCGGCCAGCAUCAGGUGUAUCCAGAGCUGCGCGACAGCGCGGAUGUUUCCCCAGUUGGCUGUGAGGAAAACGGUCGGUCAUACAAGGUGAACCAGCAGUGGGAGAAGUCCUUCCGUGGAAGCACACUGGUUUGCACCUGCGAGAAAUCAACAGGCAUCCAGUGUAAAAGCAAAGUCGAAGAGGAGACCUGUUAUGAUAAGUACAAUGACCGGACAUACCGCGUUGGGGAAACCUACGAGAGACCAAAGGAUGGCAUGAUGUGGGACUGCACAUGUAUUGGUUCUGGUCGGGGCAAGAUCAGCUGCACCAUUGCAAAUCGAUGCCAUGAUGGCAUUAGGUCCUAUAAAAUCGGGGACACUUGGCAGAGGCCUCAUGAAACUGCUGACUACAUGCUGGAGUGUGUGUGCCUUGGAAAUGGCAAGGGAGAGUGGACAUGCAAACCAGUUGCUGAGCGUUGCUAUGACAACAAUGUUGCAUCUUCUUAUGUGGUUGGGGAGACAUGGGAGAAACCAUACCAGGGCUGGAUGAUGCUGGACUGCACUUGCCUGGGAGAGGGAAAUGGACGCAUCACUUGCAGCUCCAGGAACCGUUGUAAUGACCAGGAAACCAGGACGUCCUACCGUAUUGGGGACACUUGGGCAAAGACAGACUCAACUGGCAACGCUGUGCAGUGUCUGUGCUUAGGAAAUGGUCGUGGGGAAUGGAAAUGUGAAAGACACACCACGGGCCGAACCACAGGUGCUGUGGUGUUGUCCCCCACCAGUUCCAACACCCAGACAGAGGCGCUCACUGAGGGAACCUGCCGCACAGAUUCUGGUGCCUACUACUAUGAUGGACAACGGUGGAUCAGGAACCAAGGCAACAAACAGAUGAUGUGUACCUGUCUGGGUAAUGGAGUCAGCUGCCAGGAGUGGGAGGCCAAGAACCAGGUGUAUGGCGGUAAUUCUGACAGCCAGCCUUGUUCGUUCCCCUUUGUCUUCAUGGGAAAGACCUACUACUCUUGCACUUCUGACGGACGCACAGAUGGGCAGCUCUGGUGCUCUACAACCUCAAACUAUGAAACAGACCAGGAAUACUCUUUCUGCACUGAAAAGAAUGCCAUUGUGGCGACAAGAGGGGGAAACUCCAACGGCGCCCUCUGCCACUUUCCCUUCCUCUACAGUGGUCGUAACUACACGGAGUGCACGGCUGAUGGGCGCCGUGACAACAUGAGAUGGUGCGGCACCACCCACGACUAUGAUGGAGAGCAGCUCUUCGGAUUUUGCCCCAUGGAUUCUCAAGAAGAGGUGUGCACCACCAAUGAUGGAGUGAUGUACCGUGUAGGGGACAAGUGGGACAAACGCCAUGAUGUCAUGGGUCACUUGAUGCAGUGCACAUGCCUGGGCAGCGGCCGUGGAGAGUGGAACUGCAUUGCUUACACACAGCUGCGAGAUCAGUGUGUUGUUGAUGGCGUCACACAUGAAGUGAAUCAGGAAUUCUCCAAGCGCCACACAGAGGGAUACAUGAUGAACUGCACCUGCUUCGGACAGGGACGCGGACGCUGGAAGUGUGACGCUAUCGAUCAGUGCCAAGAGCCACAAAACAGGGCGUUCUAUCAGAUUGGAGAGGAGUGGGACAAAGUCAUCCACGGCAUCUCUUACCGCUGUUAUUGCUAUGGCAAUGGAAUCGGAGAAAUGAGAUGUGAACCCCAACAGAACUACGCAGAUGGCCACAGACCCGUCCAGGUGAUCAUCACGGAGGCUGGAAAGCAGCCCGACUCCCACCCCAUUCAGUGGAACCCCCCCUCAUCCGUCCACAUUACACAGUACAUCCUCAAAUGGAGAAUUAAAAAUAGCCGUGCUCCCUGGAGGGAGGCUAUGGUCCCUGGUCACCUCAACUCCCACACCAUCAGCGGGCUUCGUCCAGGAGUGACCUACGAGGGUCAGCUGAUAAGCAUUCUGCGCUACGGACGCCGCGAAGUCACGCGCUUCGACUUUACAACCACACAUGGCUCCUUGGAAACAUCAGAGGGAGAGACGGAUGCACCUCCUCCAGUUAUGGACACGUCUGAGUCCGUUACAGAAAUCACCUCAAACAGCUUUGUUGUGUCCUGGACGUCGGCUUCUUCUACCAUCUCUGGCUUUAGGGUGGAGUAUGAGCUCAGUGAGGAUGGAGCUGCACCUAAGGUCCUGGAUCUUCCUCGCAACACCAACUCUAUUACCAUCGCCGAUCUCCUGCCAGGACGCAGAUACAACGUCACCGUCUACGAGCGGCUAAAUGAGGGGAAAUUAAAUCCCAUUCUGUUCACCACUCAGACUACAGCUCCUGACACACCUACUCUGCAUCCCGUGGAUGAUGUUCAGGAUGCGUCCAUCAGAAUCAGCUGGACUAGGCCUCAGGCUCCUAUUACCGGUUAUCGCGUGGUAUACACGCCGUCAGUGGAAGGAAGCAGCACCGAGCUGAACCUGCCAGAUUCAGUGAACUCAGUCAACCUGGUGGACCUUCUCCCUGGCCUGCUCUACAACAUCAGCAUCUACGCGGUGGAGGAAAACCGGGAGAGUGAGCCUGUUUCCGUCCAGGUCAGCACUUCUGGAUCUCCCAAACAAGCGGAGAUGAAAGCUCCCACAGACCUGCAGUUCUAUGAGGUCUCAGACAUAAAGAUCACCAUCACCUGGACUGCUCCACCCAGUGACGUAUCUGGAUAUAGGGUGAUGUAUUCACCUCUGGACCGUGAUGGCGUCGAGCUCAGGCCUCUGCAGCUGCCCAUCUCACCCAACACGCAUGCUGACAUCGACCACCUGCAGCCCGGGACGCUCUAUCGCUUCUACGUCUUUGCCGUCGGCAGUGGAACAGAGAGCAAGCCGCUCGUGGGAGAACACCACACCAAACCAGAUGCACCUACAGACGUGCGUUUCACUGACAUUGGACACGACAGCGCGUUGGUCAUUUGGGAGGCUCCCAGGGCCAUCGUUAGUGGUUUCCGCCUCUUACUGAGCAUUGAGGGUUCCAGCCCAGUCGAGAAGAGGAUCCCUGGAGGAGUCAACCAGUACUCCUUGAGAAAUCUCCGCCCAGACACGGAGUACACUGCCACCUUGUACUCUGAUCUCAACAGUGAGCUCAGCGAGGGAGCCACUUCAUAUUUCACCACAGCCCCCAAGAUGGGUAAUGCUCCUGCUUUCACCGCUGAUGUCACUGAUUCCUCAAUCAUCAUCUCCUGGAUACCUGUACAAAGGUUCAGCUACAAGUUGUCUGUGCUUCCCAGCGUGGAAGGAGAGUCUCCCAGAGAAGAGACCUCUGACUCUGGACGUAUUGACAUUAGCGGCCUGAAUCCUGGAACUCAGUACACCUACAGUGUUCAGCCCAUGUACAACGGUCGCAACCGAGGAAACCCCAUCACCCGCAAUGUUGUCACUUCUUUGGCUCCUCCCACUGACCUCAGAGUGGUGUCCAACCCUAACACAGGACAUCUAACAGUCUACUGGUUAGCCUCCAUAACACCAGGAAUCACACAGUACAAAGUGACAAGCACACCGACCAACGGCCAGAGAGGAAAUUCCUUGGAAGAGUUUGUUCCUGUGGAUCAAGACUCGUGCCUUUUAGAGAACCUCAGUCUGGGCGUGGAGUACAACAUUAGUGUGUUCGCUACCAAGGACCAUUUGGAAAGUCUGCCAGCAUCCACCAUCAUCACGCCAGAAAUCCCUGCACCAAGUCACGUUGACUUUGUCAACAUUACUGACAGCACCAUUGGCCUGCGCUGGAAGCCUCUGAACUUUACGUCCAUUUCUGCUUACCGGAUAACGGUAGUAACGUCAGGCAACAGCCUGCCAAUUUUUCAAGACAUGGUGGAAGCGUCUGCGGGUUAUUACACGCUUCACGGUUUGGAGCCGGGCGUGGACUAUGACAUCAGUCUCAUCACUGUUACAGAAGACGGAGAGAGCAAGCCGACUACAUACACAAAGCAAACACGCGCUGGUGUUGCCAUGCCUGCCCCCACUAACCUGCAGUUUGGAGGGGUGGGCCCAGACCACAUUAGGUUGACAUGGACGAUCCCCAAUGUCGCCACACCAAGCGACAUCACCCGAUUCGUCAUCCGUUACCACCCUGUAACCACAGAUGAUGACAUCAGGGAGGUCAAUCUUGGCGGGGCCACCAACACCUUCUUGUUGCAGAACCUGCUGCCCAACACGGAGUACCGCAUCACUGUUGUGGGAGUCUAUGGGGAACGAGAAAGCGAGCCGGCCACUGGGACUCAGAGGACAACUCUGGACUCCCCGACUGGUCUGGACUUCUCUGACAUUCAAACCACCUCCUUCACCAUCCACUGGCUGGCUCCCACUGCUAAAAUCACGGGCUACCGGGUGCGCUAUCAGAGGACGAGUGGUGGGCGGUACAAAGAUGAGAAGUUACCCCCAACCAGGACCCGCUACACUCUGACUGGACUGACACCAGAAACAGAGUACAUGAUAUAUGUGUAUGCUGUCAGCAACAAUCAGGAAAGUCUGCCCCUGACUGGAACACAGGCCACCAUCUCCGAUGCACCCACUGAUUUAGAGGUGACAUCAUCCACCCCCACCAGCAUCACCAUUCGCUGGGAUGCCCCCUCCGCUCCGAUAAACAACUAUAGGAUCACCUACGGAGGAGAAAGUGGCGAAACUCCACAGGAGUUUAUGAUCCCAGGUACCCAGACCACCGCCACCAUCAACGGGCUGCAGCCUGGGACUGACUACACUAUCACGGUCUACGCUGUAACAGCACGAGGAGAUAACCCCGCCUCCAACACCCCUGUCUACAUAACUCACAGGACUGAUACUGAGGCUCCUACCAGCAUGAAACUUGCUGAAGUGAGUGACAAUGCCAUCACAGUGCGCUGGUCUCCUGCUAGGGGACCAGUCAGGGGUUACAGAGUCACAAGUGUCCCCAAGAAUGGCUUGGGACCCUCCUACUCCGAGGUGGUGGCCCCCGAUCAGACAGAGGUGACGUUCACAGGUCUGAUGCCCACGGCUGAGUAUGUCGUGAGUGUUUACGCCCUGGGAAGUGAUGGACAACCCUCUUCUCCUGUGGUGGAAAAUGCUCUCACCGCGAUGGACCGUCCAAAGGAACUGGCCUUCUCUGACAUCGACUCCACCUCCAUGCGCAUCUCCUGGGACAGCCCAGACGGCACAGUGACAUCAUACCGCGUCCUGUACUCCAGCUCAGAGGAGGGAGAGAGGGAGCUGCGUCCAGCACCCAGAGGCAACCAGGACAAUGCAGUGCUGCGAGGCCUCCGCCCUGGGACAGAGUACACUGUUAAAGUCAUCGCCCUCCAUGGACAAAAACCCAGCACACCGUUAGUGGGAACCCAGGCCACAGUAAUCCCUGCACCCACCAACAUGGUGAUCUCAGACGUUGGCGCAUCUGUCUUCACUGUGUCAUGGAGAGCUCCAAAUGCACGCCUGACGGGCUAUCGUGUGGUUGUCACCCCCAAGAACGUCAACAGCCCCGGGAAAGAGAUGAAUGUUGCUCCUGACAGCACUCGUGUUGUCGUCCCAGGGCUCAUGCUAGCAACCACAUAUCAGAUACAGGUCUAUGCUCUGAAGAACUUUGUCACCAGUCGACCACUGGAGGGAGAGACAACCACCCUAGAGGAAGUGAGUCCUCCUCGGCGCGUGCGCAUCACUGAUGUUAAAGACACUUCUUUCACACUGGGUUGGCGCAGCAAAACAGAGCCAAUCACUAGUUUCCUUAUAGAAGUCACGCCCAUGAGUGGGUCUCAGCCCACCGUCAGCAAAACCAUCCCCAGAGAGGCUGAAACCUACACAUUCACAGGUCUCCAGCCAGGCACACUGUACUCUGUUAACCUGUACACUCUGAAUGGAAACACAAGGAGUGCUCCCUAUUACCUCAGGGUUGAAACAGUUAAACCAGUGGUUCAGGCUCCCACCAACCUCAAGUUUACAUCUCUAAAACCCACCACCAUCUCCUUCACAUGGGAGCCUCCUGCCACACAAAUCACUGGAUACUACAUCACAUAUGAGGAGUCAGGAAGAGCACCACAGGACCUCAUCCCAAGACCCCACGCAGGCCAGACCUACGCCACCAUCACUGGCCUGAAACCAUCCACAGAGUACAUCAUCAAGAUCAUUGCCAUCCAAAACACACAGAGGAGCACACCUCUGGUGGGCAAGAUCAGGACUCAGCCAGAUCCCUUGCUUCCCUUGCCUCUGCCCCAGCCCCACCGCCCUCCUGGCCCAAUGGAUGUGCCCGAAACUGACAACAGAGUCCCGAUAGGGGGCAAUACCCAGGAUGAGUUUAGUGGUCAGUACAUAGAGAGGGAGUACAACGGAGACGGCGGGAGAGAUAACGGAAACCCCCGUGAGCAAAGUCGUCAGCCCCUGGUCUUUGUCCCCCUCCCUGAUGCAGAGGGCCGCAGAAAGCCCGUAGUGAUUAAUGUGCCCAUUGGAUCCAUACUUGAUAUGAAUGAUACAAGACAGCCACAGGAGGUCCAAACUCAGACCUCCAUCUCCUGGAAGCCAUACAGUCAGAGUGAUUCCUACCUGGUGUCCUGCCAUCCUAUCACACAAGUAGAUGAGAAGAUGUUUCAGAUCCGCCUGCCAGGCAGUGCCACUACCGCCACCCUGAUAGGACUUACCCCUGGAGAAAACUACAAUGUGAUUGUGGAGGCACUGUUGGGCGCGCUCAAACACAAGAUCCUGGAGCAGGUCGUCACAGCCGGAAACACAGUCCCAAAUGCAGUUCCUUCCGGCAAAGAUUCUUGCUACGAUGCCUUUAGUGCGACCUACCACGAGGUCGGUGCUGAGUGGGAGCGGAUGUCUGAGACAGGCUUCAAGUUGUGGUGCCGGUGCUUGGGUCUGGGCAGCGGUCACUUCAGAUGUGAUUCAUCUAAGUGGUGCCAUGACAACGGUGUCAACCACCGCAUCGGCGACCGAUGGGACCGCCGUGCAGAGAACGGCCACUUAAUGAGCUGCACUUGUCUGGGAAAUGGCAAAGGAGAGUUCAAGUGUGAACCACAUGAAUCGAUGUGCUUUGAUGAUGGCAAAACCUACCAGGUGGGCAGCCAAUGGCAAAAGGAGUACCUGGGUGCUAUCUGCACCUGCACAUGCUUUGGAGGACAACAGGGAUGGCGAUGUGAGAACUGCCGCAGACCAGGAUCUGAUGACGAUGUGGGUGUGCUGGAGCCUGUUAGAUAUGGAGACAACCAACUGCGCAAAAACAUCCAUUGUCCAAUUGAGUGCCUCCGACCUGAACUGCUGGCAGAUGCGUUCAUUCCUAAAAACUCCCAGAAAUAAUGGAUCAUCCAAUUUACAUGUGCUUUGCCCCCUCACCGUCCAGUUGCUGCACUGUCUCACCUUGUAGAAGCCACGCCGUCUUUGACUGAAGCUGCGUUUUCAUGUUUCUGACACGUUUAUAUGCUACGCUGCACUGCUGUCCGAUCAAUCCUGAUCAUUUUCUCAAGCCAGUCUUUUCACUGUCGUAAUUUUCUGUUGAUCGGCAAACCAAAUAAUGUUCUCCCACAUGCUUUUCCUUGAACGCAAAUAGAAGGUAUGUAGGACUUUUGGUCGAACUCAUGUACUUAUCAAACUGACAUGGGUUUUAUUUUAUUUUAUUUUUUCCAAUUAAAAAUAUUUUUGAACCAUUCCUGACCAAAAAACAAUCAUGUCAUGAAGUAAUCACUGUGUUUAAGAA